AUGGACCAGAAAAAGAUUGAAGCUGUUACCUCAUGGCCCACACCUAGAACAAUCAAAGAGGUUCAGGCCUUCCUGGGAUUUGUCAACUACCUCCACCAUUUCAUCCCCAACUUUAGUUCUGUAGCACACCCACUUCACAACCUCACAAAAAAGGAAACUCCCUGGUCAUGGAGUAACCCAGAAGAGGAAGCAUUCCAGGAAUUGAAGUCCCUUGUCACCCAGUCACCAGUCCUCAUCCAUUCAAACCCAGAUCUACCCUAUUACCUUGAAACGGACACAUCAGGGGUAGCUAUGGGAGCCAUACUCAGCCAAAGAGGAAAGGAUAACCACCUUCACCCGGUAGCUUACAUGUCCAAAUCCUUUUCAGGUGCAGAAGCCAAUUACAAUACACAUGACAAAGAGCUUCUGGCAAUUAUCAAGGCAUUAGAGGAAUGGCAAAUCUUCCUAGAAGCAACAGACAGGCCAAUCCAGGUAUUCACAGAUCACGGAAACCUGGAAUAUUGGAUGCUGUUGUAG